CGCCACAUUUCCUCCAGAGAACCUAGCGCUCCGGUUCUGACUGUUGUUUAAGUUUCCACCGCGUUCAUUUUAUUCAGCGAGGAUUCCUGCAGCUUUAACGUUGGUUUGAUCUGUUUCCAUCAGCCUGCAUCAUGAAGCCGCGCUUCAGAAAAAUGCUUUGACUUUAGUUUCUGUUCCAGCAUGGCAGAAAGAACAAGCAGAGGCAAACUGAGGCGAAGCUUGUCUCUGAAGAACAAGAAGAGACAAGAAGCGAAAGCUGGAAGUGCUUCAAUCAGCUCUUUCUUCAGCAGCCAGCCUCCACGCAGCCUGGCCUGCCCCCUGUGUGGACAACUGGUCCCCAGAUUCAAGAUCAAUGAUCACAUCGACCUGCAGUGUCAGAACUUUGAUAGAGGAGGAGGAACAGUAGGAGGCAGCACAGGUGGGAAUGAUGCUUCACCUCAAUCUGAGCUGGACCAGAGAGAGGAGGACACACAAACCAAGACCAGUCCUUAUUUCAAGAAGAAGAUCUGUGAUCAGACCCCACGUGACAUAAACAGUAAGACUGUGGUCAGAGCCAUUGGCUUAGGGAGUCUCUCCUCAAAGCUUUCCAGACAUGAUCGCAGCAAACAUGCAGAGGUUAGAGAUAAACCUGAUCAGAUGAGUGAUGCUGAGUCAACCAGCAGCUCCCAGAAGGAAAAUGUUCAGGUGGAAGACAGCAGUGGUUCAGUGGUCUGCACCAGCAUGGAGCCUCCAGCAGCAUCAGCUCCACUGCCUGCAGAGAGACCAGCACAGGUAGAGCUUCCAUCUGAACCACCUGCAAAACUAACGAGGAGGAAAAAGAAAGCCGCCUCCUCUGUCAGAGGAAAGAAAGCAAAAUACGAAGGUCAGAGAGAGUCUGAGGAGGCGUCUUCUGGUUUGGGUCCAGAGGAAAGCAGCGGGGGACAGCAGGAAGCUGAUGCGUCCCCAUCUCCCCCUGACACCCUGACAUCAGAGGAGGUGAAGGAACAGAGGCAGAGGGAGGAUUCUGCAGAGAGACCUGCUGCUCCAUCACUUCCCUACUACCUGAGGAACUUCCAGACCGUGCUGCACGCCGUGUUGGAGAACGAAGACAACAGGACACUCUUCAACCAGGAGGACAUGUCCGCCGUCCACGGAUUCCAGCGGUUAUCUGUUAUGGCUCAGAAGCUCUAUGUGAGGCUCUUCCAGAGGAAGCUAAAGUGGCUCCAGGUCAAUAAACUGGAUUAUGGAGAAAUCAGCAGUGAUCUGGGACCUGUUGCACAGGAACUGGUUCAGUUAGGAUUUCUACAGACAGAGAAUGACCUGGAGGACCUCGGAGAGGCUCUGGAUCUCCUGCCGGCUCCUGAACUUAAAGCUCUCGCUAAAACUUUCCAUCUGGGCUCUUCUGGCAUCCAGAAACAGCAGUUAGUCGAUGGGCUUCUCCGUCUGAGCAGGCAGAGGUCUUUCUUCUCUCUGGCCUCCAGUGAAAGCAAAGUUGGGACAGUGAUCCUGAAACGGGCAAAGCAGCUGGCGGGCUCCUGCGUGCGUCUGUCUCGUGGGCCUCGGGCCGUCUUCUCCCGCAUCCUGCUGCUCUUCUCUUUGACGGACACCAUGGACGAGGAGGAAAUGGCCGCCGGAGGUCAGAAUCAGCUUUUUACCAUCCUGCUGGUCAACUCGGGUCGUCUGGCGUUCCCAGACUACACCGUGCAGCGGGUUGCCAAGGUGUUCCGAGAUCGAGAGGAUCUCAUCAGAUAUGAAGCAUCCAUGCGAGCCCUUCUGGAGGUGACCCUGGCCACGCAGGCUGGUCAGUGGGAGCAGGCGCUGGAGCUUUACACCGCCGCUAAAGGAGCCUGGUGCCAGCUCCGCCUCAACCACGACCUGAGUCACCAGGAAGAGCUGCCGGUCUUCCUCCGCAGCUUCACUACAGGAUGGGCCUACACCCGCAUCUUAUCCAGAGGCGUGGAGAUUUUACAGAGGCUGCGUCGCUAUGAGGAAGCAGUAGAAGAACUGCAGGCCUUACUGAAGCAGUCGGUUUACUGUCCUGACAGCCGGGGCCGAUGGUGGGACAGGCUGGCUCUGAACCUUCACCAGCACCUCAAAAAGUCCGACCAAGCUAUCUGUGCUAUAAGAGAGGGGUUGUCGGAUCCUCUGGUUCGCACAGGACACAAACUCUCCCUGCAUCAGAGAGCGCUCAGGAUGAAAGAGGCUCCUAGCUGCAAAAAGUACCGACUCCAACUCCGAGAGCUGCCCACCGUCCAAGUCCAAGAUGUUAAACAUGUGACCAUUCGGGGCCAGCUGUUUCCUCAUGAGGGUGGCACGGGGAAAUCUAGAUUUCUUAUUCCAGAGAGUGAAGAAGGGGAAGGGAGCAUAAUUUGCUCUGUGGAGGAGUUCUGCUUGGACCAUUAUCGACAGCUCGGCUUUGACCAAGGUAUCCAUGGAGAGGGAUCAACAUUCUCCACCUUGUUUGGUCUUCUGAUGUGGGACAUCAUCUUUAUGGAAGGUAUUCCUGAUGUCUUUAGGAACCCAUACCAGACUUGUCCUCUGGACUUUUACACCGACUGUUUCUAUGAAAACAGAAAGGAAGCAAUAGCCUCUCGUGUUGGGCUGCUUCAGGAGGCCACAGUGGAAACGCUGCGCGACAUGCUGCAAGAUGUCUGGGAAUCCCAGGAGGGCAAAGUGUGUUCGCUUGUCAGCUGGGAGCGAUUCUCAUCCCUCCAGCAGGCUCAGUCUCUGGUCGCAUGUCUUGGCGGAGCGUUCCUUGGUGGAGUGAUCGACCGAAUGGCUAAAGACUACAGGCACUGCAGAGGAGGUUUGCCUGAUCUGGUGGUGUGGAAUACCUCAAACAACACUUAUAAGCUGGUGGAGGUGAAGGGCCCCAACGACCGUUUGUCUCAGAAGCAGCAGAUCUGGUUGGAUGAAUUGCAGAAACUCGGGGCUGACGUCGAGGUGUGUCAUGUGACGGCCACCGGAGCCAGAGGAGCCCGUCUGGAGGAAACAAACAUACAGGCGUCUAAUUAGGGGAAUUAAUCUACCAAAAAGGGAAGAAUCAGGGGGGAAAAACAGGCUCCUAGGAGGAAGAAGAAACAUCGUGUAAUUCCUCUCCCUCUGAUUAUUGCUGAGGAAUAUUUGGCUGAAUCUUCAGCAGAAAACUUAUAGAUUGUUCUUUAAAUGUUUCCUUAUGUGGUUUAUUUUUGGUGCCUUCCCUCAUUAUUAUUACCUACAAAGUAAUGGGGUUUACAUACUGGGCAUGAAUGCUGUAUGUUUUCAGAUUUUUAUUGUAAAUCUUAUGCUAUUGAUCUAAUUCUGGGUGAAUUAUUGAUCCCAAUGAUCAAAAGUAGAUCAAUACUGAGUGGCUUGGUUUUCUGACAGGUACUUAUAUUUUAAAGCAUGGUCCACAGUUUCUCCAUGGCUUUGGUCCGUGUCUUUUCAGAACUCUGUCAGCCUGCUGUAACCAUUCAACACUAGUGAAAUGAAUUGUGUCCUGCAUUUCAACAUCUUAUUGUUUAUUUGAGAGGAAGCUCAAGGACUAGGAAGCAUUUAUGGAACUUUAUUAUUCAGGUUAACUUGUCUAACACUCCAAUACCUUAAGCAGCAAUGGGCCAUCAUUAUGAUGUCACCACCAGAAAGCAGAGUUUUUUGGGGGUUUGCAUCCAAAUUUUCUGCCUCACCUGGCUUAAGCCCUGCACACAUGUCAGUGUUUUUCCCACCGCUUUCAGUUCAUAUGUCUGAUUCCAGGUAGGUCCUGGAUUCUUCUGGAUUGCUCCAACCAAUUUCCAUCCAUCUAAUUGUCAAGAUUUUGAUUAAAUGGUUGAAACUGGGAAACAUUUGUAUGUUUCAAAAGGAAAAUGAUCAUAAAAAUACAUCAAACUGGUUUGAGAAUUUACACAUUUUGCCAAUAUUUACCUUCUUGAUUGACAUCAGCCUGAAUUAUUUUGAAGAUUUUACGGACUGCGUUUAAACGCCAGAUCUGCAUAAGGAGAUUUUCAAACCCUUCAAUCAGCCAUUAUUAUUCCAACAACCUUGCUGAUGUGCACUCUGUGUUGGACUUUGUAGAAUUGUUGUUAAAUUUUUAUUGUAAGCACAUUGAUAUAUUUGACCCUGGUUGCGUAUUUUUUAUGUUUGGGUACUCAAAUGUAUGUUUUAUAAAUAAUUAAAGUUCCUUGAAG